UGGCUAGGGGCGAAGGUUGGGUGUCGGGCGAACAUUGGCCGCAAGAGUUGGGCUAGACCGCGCCCACAGAGCAGGCCUAUCGCUCAUAGGGUCGGGGGGAGACGGGUGUGCGGCUUGGCCGGGACGGUGAUUGGUUGCUGGACUUGGGCGGCAGUGAUUGGCGCGGGGACCUGGCGGGUGAUCCAGGAGGCCUGUUGAAGGCUGCAUGGGGAGGCGGCGGCGCCAGGUGCGCGAAGAGGCCUCGGCCUGGGCGGCGGCUGGGACCAGGACACUGCCGGAUGCCAUUGCCGCGCUGAGUCGGUCGCUGCCAGCGGGGCCCAGCCCCGAGAUCUUCCGUCGCGCGAAGUUCGACCGUCCAGAGGCUGCCCCAGAACUCUGGCGGCUCCUCUUCCGAGUGCUCUCACCACUUCUGGCAGACCGCGCCGCAGCCUCGCCGGGCCUGGGGGCCCAAGCCUGUUGGGUGAAGGCAGUGCUGUGCUACCAUGGCUACCCGAGGUCAGCUCUGGCACAGCUUCCUGAGGACGGCUCCCAGGGCAGCAGGGAGCUGCUGCUGGCCCUUUCCUGGCUCCUGGCCCGAGGGCCCCUGCUGGAGUGGCUACUGGCUCAGACCUGUGUGCAGCUGGGUGACCAGGUUCCCACAUUUGAGUAUGAGGUCCUGGCCAUUCCACGCCUGGCUGCACCCCAGAUGGAUGCAGAGGGUCCUGUGGACAUCCGACAUCUGCAGUGGCUAAUGGGAAAACUGCACUUCCGGUGGCAAAACUUGAUCAGCAUUCAGCAGGAGCAGUGUGCCCUCUUGAGCAAGGGUUCUGCUGUGCUCUCCAGAGGCUGUUUUUUUCUGCCCGCUGCCAUUGGGGACAGAUCUGUACCUUCAAGAGCCUGCCACUUUGCAGACGGAAUGGAGGGCCCUGCUGCACUGUGCCAUACCCCUCAGAUCCACACGUACACCUUUGGCUGCCACAGUGACCAGAACCUUGGCCAUCUGUCUGUCACUGAAACAGAGACGCUCAGGGACCCAGAAGGCAGCCAGCAGCUGUUGCAGGUGCUUGAGCAGGAGAAUGCCCGGCUGGAGGCUGCUCUAGAGUGGCGGCGCUAUGAGCUGGUCUUCUGGCAGUGGAUGGAUACAGUCCUGGGUGCCUGUCCCCCAGAGGACCCUUCUGUGCCCAGCUUCCAGCCCAGGAUUCCAGAGCAUGGGCGUGGCAAGCUGGAGCUGGUGGCCCGGGAACUGCAGGCUCUGAAGGAGGAGCUGCAGGUCCUGCAGAAGUUGCUGCAUGAGGAGGUGCUCAGCCGGCGCCAGGCCUGGGAGACACGGGUUGGUGCCUUGGGCCAUGGGCCAGAAUGGAGUACAUCUAGACAGGACUUGCAACAGGCUGUGGAACAGGAGCUGUUGGCCCUGCAGCAGUCCUGGAAGCAGGACAGGUACCCUAGCCUGCCUCGGAGGCGCCACCGGCUGGUGAAGAUUGAGGCUGGGGCAGCAGGGGCCCAGGGCCUGCCAGUGGCUGAAGUGAUCAGGGGCCUGAAGAGCCAGGAGGCCAGCCUGGAGGUGGUGCUGUGCCAGCUGCAGGGACAGUGUCGGCAGGAGCUGGCCAGGCUGGUGGGAACCAUGCCAGGCCUCAUCUGGAUCUUGCCGCCUGGACGCUGAGAUCCCAUGGACACACCUUCCCUGUGGGAACCUGCCUGGGCUGUGCAGGCCUUCUUGGAAGAGUAGGUUCUGGGGCAGUGAACUCAGACCGGUGAGUGCAGUGUCCAACCCUGGCCGACAGCACUGGAACUGGCAAAACUGCUCUCCGUGAGGAGGCUGGGGGGCCACCCAGAAAUAAAUGGUGAAACCUUC